AUGAGUAAGAGUGAUAAACCCCAAUCUGAUCUACAAAACCAAUCGAAUGAUUCGAGACGUCCGACCAAGGCCAAACGAUUCUUCUCAAAUUGCUUCGUAGGGUCGUACACUUACUUACCAGUCGCAGCAGUGAUCGUAUGGUUUUUCGGAUUGAGCAUCCUAUUAUUUAUGUGGAUCCAAGAUGGUAAACCUAGAUAUAGACCUACUCAAGCUUCGAUUGCUUUCAUCUCGUCGGUAGGGGCUGCUUAUCCCACGUUGUUCAUUUUCAUUUGUGUUUCUGUCGUGAUGUUGUACUUCCCUACCGUUUGCGUUAUCAGGUAUUUACGACACAAGAAUAGGAUACCUGCGACUGUGCAGCGCAAAGAAAAGAUUUUUAGUUGGUUAGCAAUUGCUUUUUAUGGUAUGGGAUGUAUGGGACUACUCGUACUAUCUAUAUGGAAUUGCUGGGAUUAUUACCAGAUCCAUUGGUGCGGUACAUUCCUUUUCAUUACUGGAGUAUCGUUCUCAGCCAUUUUCCAAACUGCCGAAGUGUGGUGUUUGAAGAAAGAACAUCCAGAUAGGAUACAUCUAAAGCGCAAUGGUGUAGCCAAACUUUCAGUAGUGGUGUUACCUAUCAUCUUAGCUUGUGCUUUUGGUGGAUUUUACAGUUUAUGCCAUGGUAAUCCGACUUCGGAAAACGGUGAGUAUACACCUGAACAAUGUGAGAAGUAUUCGUCAACUGCGGCUAUAAUGGAGUGGUCAAUCGCCUUUAGCUUGAAUCUGUAUUUUAUCACUUUGGUGAUUGAUCUAUGGCCUAGUAGAAAGACUAGUUCUAGGUAUAUCAGGAGGGAAGAAGCCGAGGAGAAGGUAUAG